GUUUCCCCGCCCUGAAUCCGUAGACAAGUAGACAACACCUUCUGAUGUUUCCCAACAACUCAAGCAUCUAUAACUGUCAAAUUGACAGAUCCGAUGCCGCUGGCGAGAGAGCAAAGCUGCGCAUUUUGCUGCUCCGGUUACUGAUCCGACGCGUGGCAUUUCGAUCCAAUACCCCGGCGGCUUUCACGCUUCCAGUCUCAUUAGAAUUGACUGUGAUUGGCGGAAGUUGCCGAUGCUUACAAUUACAUCCUGCGCUUAGCAGGUAUUGUUCCUUUCUCGAUUUUCCGUUCAUUUUCCGGCCAUGGAUUUCGCUCUGCCUCUCGAUCGCAUUCAGAGUGGCUACCUGUAUGAUCGUUCACAGGCGGGUUCUAAGAAGUUCCAAAUUUCUACGUGUUUCGUUUUGAACGGAGGUAUGAAGCACCGGAGCACACUUUCCCGGGUCAAAUGCUCGCUUUUGCAGUCCGGGUUGGUUAAACCCCGUCCCAUGCCCAAACCCUCCGAAGAGAAGGAGAGUGAGAAGAAGAAGAUGAUGAAGAAGGAUGCUUUGAGUGAAGAAAUUCGCGUGGAGGGCACAACUCCAAAGGUGGGUAUGAUCUCUAGCAUCUGUGCGGAGAUUGAGAAGCUGGUUCUGCACAAAAGGUACCGUGAGGCACUCGAAUUCUUUAAUAUUUUAGAUCGUCAAGGUGAUUAUGAUAUUGGUAAAGAUACCUUUGAUGCAUUGAUCAACGCUUGUAUUCAGUUGAAAUCUAUGAGAGGUGUUAAGCGGCUAUACAACUACAUUGUCGAUUCAGGCUUUGAACCCGACCUGUAUAUGAGGAACAGGGUGUUGCUGAUGCAUGCUAAAUGCGGGAUGGUGCAUGAAGCGCGGUACCUAUUCGAUGAAAUGCCCAUGAAAAACGAUGUCUCGUGGUGCACAAUGAUUGAAGGGCUAGUAGCCUCAGGUGAUUACAUUGGUGCUUUCCAGCUAUUCAUGAGCAAGCUGGACUACUCGGAUGCCGGGCCGAGGAUGCUUACCCCGAUGAUCCGAGCAGCCUCAGGUUUGGAGCUUAUUUCUCCAGGCCAACAAUUGCAUGCUUGUGCUUUGAAGUGUGGUCUUCGUGACGAUGUAUAUAUAUCCUGUUCCUUAAUGGACAUGUACAGCAAGUGUGGAAGCAUUGAAGACGCUCAGUUUAUCUUUGAUAUAAUGCCAGUGAAGACAGUAGUUGCAUGGAACACCAUCAUUGCCGGUUAUGCCCUUCAUGGAUAUAGUGAAGAAGCUUUAGGUCUUUACUAUGAAAUGCAAGAAGCUGGGGUUCAGAUGAACAAUAUUACAUUCUCAAUCAUUGUAAAAGUGUGCACAAGGUUAGCUUCAGUAGAGCAUGCCAAACAAGCCCACGCUGGGCUAAUCCGUCAGGGCUUUGUUUUAGACAUAGUUGCCAAUACAACUCUUGUUGAUUUCUACUGCAAAUGGGGAAGGAUAGAAGAUGCACAUAACGUGUUCAACAGAAUGCCUAAAAAGAACGUCAUAUCCUGGAAUGCCUUAAUAGCUGGAUAUGGUAGCCACGGGAGGGGGGUGGAGGCAGUUCAAUUAUUUGAAAAAAUGGUUCGUGAAGGAAUGUCUCCCAACCAUGUCACCUUUCUAGCCGUUCUAUCUUCUUGUAGCUAUUCAGGCCUGACAGACAGUGGAUGGGAGAUAUUCAACUCUAUGCAUAGAGACUAUAAAGUGAGGCCUAAGGCAAUGCACUAUGUAUGCAUGAUUGAACUAUUGGGGCGAGAAGGUCAUUUGGAUGAAGCGCUCUCGUUGAUAAGAGAUGCUCCUUUUAGGCCCACUUUGAACAUGUGGGCUGCCUUAUUGACCGCGUGUAGGAUCCACAAGAAUUUUGUUCUUGGCAAAUUAGCAGCUGAGCAACUUUACGGAAUGGAACCUAAGAAGCUUAGCAAUUAUGUAGUCCUUCUCAACAUUUACAAUAGUUUGGGGAAACGUGAAGAAGCUGCAGAUGUUGUGCGGACACUUAAAGGAAAAGGUUUGACUCUUAUGCCUGCUUGCACUUGGAUAGAGAUCAAGAAGAAGCAAGAGGUUUUUAUUUCUUCAGACAAGUAUCAUGUCCAGAUGAAGGAGAUAUAUGAGAAUCUUGACAAUCUUAUGCUCGAGAUCUUGAAACAUGGAUAUGCUCCCAAGGGAAAGACUCUGCUUCCUGAUGUGGAUGAACAUGAGCAGAAGUCACUUUUCUAUCACAGCGAAAAGUUGGCUCUUUCCUUUGGGCUUAUAAACACUCCAAGUGGUACCCCAUUGCAACUUGUACAGAACCAUAGAAUAUGCAACGAUUGUCACAAUGUGAUUAAAUUGAUAGCCAUGGUUACGGAAAGACAAAUCGUUUUUAGAGAUGGAAGCAGAUUUCAUCGGUUCGAAAAUGGGAAAUGCUCAUGUCGUGAUUACUGGUGAAUUUUCUCAGCUUCAAUAAGUAAAGGAAUCUUAUCCUAUCUAUCUAAUUAUUAAUGACCAUAAAUCCUGGUUAGAGAAUACAUCUUUAUACUUUUUUAUACCUUGCGAGAAGAAUUUUCUAGUUAAUAACUGUGUUUUAGUGGUAUACUGGUAUGUAGAAUCAGGGAUUAUCAUUUGAGAUUUUGAGUGUACUGGAACCUCAUGAUUUUUUAUUCUUUUAAAAAGGGAGUGAAUAUUAGUAAACUUUCUAUUUUCGUGAUUACAUUGACUUGUUCUGUUAAAAUAGGG